AGGAGGAGGAGGAGGGAGAUGGCGGCGGGGCAGGGCGCGUUCAGCCUGCGGGAGGUCCUCGCCGCCUUCCAGACGUGCGUGACGGAGCGGCGGGAGGUGCUGCUGGGCCCUUACCUCAGCGGUUGGCGGGGGCUCAUCCGGUUCCUUCACAGCCUGGGCUCCAUCUUCUCGUUCAUCUCCAAGGACGCGGUGGCCAAGGUACAGAUCAUGGAGAACUACUGCCGCGGCGAGCAGCGGGAGAAGUACGUGUCGCUGCAGUCCAUGGUGGAGUACGAGCUGGCCAACGGGCUGGUGGAUCUCCAGAAGCGGUCGGGACGGCCCGACUCCGGCUGCCGCACCGUCCUGCGUCUCCACAGGGCCCUGCGAUGGCUGCAGCUCUUCCUGGAGGGGCUGAGAACCGGCCGGGAGGACUCCCGGACGUCUGUCAUCUGCACGGACUCCUACAACGCUUCCCUGGCCACCUACCACCCCUGGGUUGUUCGCAAAGCUGCCACGGUGGCCUUCUGCACGCUACCCUCCCGAAACGCCUUCCUUGAAAUCAUGAACGUGGGCACGACCGAGGAAGCCGUCACCAUGCUGGGCGAGGCCUUACCCUAUAUCUGCGACGUCUACGGCAUCACCCAGGAGCUCUUCGCCCGCCACAAGCUGCUUGACCUUCCUUGACGGGAGGGAUGCUCAAGAGCCGUGCCACGUUCUGACAGAAGUAGGAUGAAGCGGGUGAAAACCAUGUGUUUUCUUCUCUGUCCAUGGUCACCCUCCCUUUUCCAGUAGGGAGCUGACAAGUCGGCAAAGCUAUUCAGGAUGCCUCACUUUAUAAGAGAAAAAAUUGUACCAAUUUUUUUUAUAUGUAUAUUUGUCUAUGUGUGUGUAGAGCCUCGGCUCUACAGUAAGAAAAAAAACCCCACCGUUAGCAUGCUUAAGGGAUUUUUUUUUUUCUACCUGGAUUAACCUUCAACUCUCCAGCUAGGCUGGGGAGAGGGGGGUAGGUUUCUUUUUUAAGCCAAACUCUGCAACUUCAGCAGCACCUCUGCGUUUACACUAAUAGUUAGGACCUGGUGAGACAGCACAACUUUCCGAUGUGGUGUCUGAACACACUUAACACUACAGUGAGCUCACUUUGCCACUUUUGUUUACAAGCUGUUCCCUUGAAUAGAUCUGGGGGGUUUUGCCCUCUGUUGUGCUUCAGCCUUGAAACUAUAAUGCUGAGUAAUGCGUGUCUGAAAGGAAGCUCUUUUCCUUGUGGUCACAGACUCAUUUGAUUACUGCUGCUAAUUCUGUGGCCCCUAGAAUUAAAGAAGGAAAUGUUGGUGUAUGUCAUUACUGUAAGACCCUGUUCUUCCUUUGUGCAUGGAUCCAUUAAGCAGGACCUUCCUUCUGUGUAGCCUCCCCUACCCAUUAAUCUGUUGGUUUUAGCAUGUACUGCACAAUCCUAUACAUCCAGCUAAGGCUGCAGACUGUACCUUACCUGUUUUCCAGCCAUGCUUCUAAAUUGUGUUCUCAUGAUUUUUUUAAUUAAUGUGUCAAAUGCCUACAAAAAUGACUUCUCUGAUUGUCUGGGGAGAAAUCUGAACUUGUACUGUAAGUCACUACUUUGUGAGGCUUAUUGCUUCUAUUGCAAAUCACUGUAUAUAAUAGCCAGUUGUGUGUGUGUGUGUGCGCGCGCGCAUGUGUGUGUAUAUGCACACACACCCGCAAAGUAUGUAAAAUGGAGUUUACUUAGCUUUUUGAAAGCUGAAAAAGCACUACAUUGUUAGUUCAGGAUGACAUGAAUAUUUGGGGGAGGAGGGAGAAUCCCAGUGGCUGUAACAUGUUUUGAUUUUAUCUCAGAUAGGAGGCACUUUGGCCUAAUGUAACACUGCGUGAUUCAGGAAAUCACUAUUACCUCAUGGAGAUUAACUGGACAUUAAAUUAUGUGACU